AUGUCUUCAAGCCCCGCGCUCAAGCGCAAGUCGGCUGAAUCUCACCUAGAUCCCAAGGCCAAACGCCAUUUGCAUGGAUAUGAUCCGCAGUCCCCAUGGCUACAUGAGUCCGAACCUGCACGGAUAUGGCGGACACGAGGAAAUCCCGAUGUGCAGCACUCGAUGCCCCUCUCAAAUAUGGUAUCCGCCGUACAAGACCUGAUAGACCCGGACUUUGAUCCACUGACGGCUAUGCUGGACGACGAGCCCCGCUUUUUGAAACCCUUGCCAGCUCGCAUUUCCCCGGAGGACUUGGAGUUCUUGAGGUUCCGUGGGGCCCUCUCGCUUCCAGAGAGUGGGUUGCGGGAUGAGCUUCUCCGUUGCUACAUCCAAUGGGUGCAUAGUUUCAUGCCGGUUUUGAACUUGCAAGAAUUCUUACGAUGUGUGGCCGAGAAUGACCCAGAGGGGAACGUUAGCAUUCUACUCUUUCAAGCGGUGAUGUUUGUUGGUACGGCUUUUAUUGACCUCAAGCACCUGCAGGAUGCUGGGUAUUCAACAAGAAAAAGUGCGCGUAAUGCGUUCUUUACUCGAUUGAGGUUACUAUAUUCUCUCGACUGUGAAGAAGAUCGCAUUGAGAUCCUCCAAACAUUGCUAUUGAUGACUUACUGGGCUGAUCCGGAAAACAGUCCACAGCGAGAUAUUUGGGAUUGGAUUGGAGUCUGUAAUACACAAGCACAGUCUAUCGGUUUGAACAAAGACCCCGCAUCGGGUGAAAUGGAUAUACGGACUCGAAGGCUCCGCUCCCGGCUCUGGUGGUGUCUAUAUUCUCGAGAUCGGCUGAUUGCCAUGGGUAUGCGGCGCCCCCUUCAAGUUAAUGAUGGAACGAGCAGUGUGCCAAUGCUCAGACUGGAUGAUUUCGAUUUUGAACCUUUCUCCUCAUACGUGGUGUCCAAGUUUCAUUGUCGCCAACUCCAAGAUGAGUCACAUCAAAAACGACUCGCCACGAUGUUCAUUGAGAAGGUGAAGCUUUGUCAAUGUAUUGGCAGAGUAUUAUUCGCGCAGUAUACACCAUCCCAGCGCCAAUUUGGAGCCACAGACCGGACCACAGUCACACUCAUUCCUCGACAGGCUUCUGAGUCGGAGUUUGCACGAUGCGGCCAGAAACUCGACUCGUGGCUUAGUGCGGUCCCUAAAGAUGCACAGUUCAUCCCUAAAGCGGGGAAGAAUUUUCAUGAUGGUGAGGAUGUCCUUCUGCUUCACGGCGCAAUGCUACGUAUGCUCUAUCAUGCUACAACCAGCGCACUUCACCGGCCUUGGGCGAUUGCUUCAAAGGAUCAAUCCAAAUCGCGGACGGACUGGCGCAAUGCUGCCCGUACAAAAAUGAACGAUGCCGCUUCCGGGAUCACACAUAUCAUUCAAGGAUUGAACAAGCUCAACCUGACACGUUUCUUACCACAGUCUGGUGUGACUGUGAUUCUACCUGCCGCUGUGGCACAUUUGACUAACACCAUGUCCGACGACCCUACUGUCCGUGAAAGCAGUGUCGACAACUUCCAUCGCUGUAUUCAAGUUCUCCACUGUCUUAAGGACAUUUACCCAGCCGCUGGUCAAGAAUUUGCCAACAUCGAGGCCGCCAUCAAAAUGCAAGCAGGUUCCUCUAGCACAUUUUUCCAGGUCAUGGAAUACAACACCAACGCUCCUGCCACAUCUUUGACCACCCGGAAACCAAGCACUACUUCCACUCCUCAACUCCAAUCACACUCAUCUGUUACUGUAGUCGAGCCUUCUAAGCUGCGAACACAAACCUCAUAUGUCCAAGAGAAUAUGCAUCAAAGAAAGCCCGACAUGGAAACUAGGCAUGAAACUGCACCACCUUUAUUCCCCGACGAUCUCAACCUUUACUCCGACCCCAGCAUCAUAAACGACAAUCCUUUCAAUUUCCUCUCCAUUGACAUUGACUGCUUCCCCGACAUCCAAGCCUCUCCCAAUCAGAAUGACCUGAACUAUCCAGAGAAACGUUAUAUAUCACCUCCACCUCAAGACCAAGACACCAUCGACUGGGCACAGGAGCUUUUCCAAGACACCGAUCUCAAUAAUUACAGUAACGCAGAAAUGUUUAAGCCCCAAAAGACAACUUCUCCACAGGAUCAAGAGCAGAGCCAUCUUGGUCCAUUCUCGAUUACUUUGGCAACAGAUGAUGUUCGCUCUGUGCAUUCCCGUCAUCAGUCAAUGAACAAUGCAAGGCUGGCGAUCACCGGUGAUCUAGACCGGGACUUGGGGUUGGAAUCUGGGGAUGACAUGUUCUAG